UCGCCUCUCAGUCUACUUGUAGUAUAAAACGCAACAUCUUCCCCCUUACAAACCCUAAUUUCUGCUACAUUUGCCACUCUCUCUACAUUUCCCCUCAGUAGCGGCUAGGAUUUUUGCUCAAACUCUUAGAAGAAAUGGGUGAGGAGGCUACUAAAGUUGUUGUACCGGAGUCUGUUUUGAAAAAGCAGAAGAGGGAGGAAGAAUGGGCUUUGGCCAAGAAGGAGGAGCUAAAUGUUCUGAAGAAGAAGAGAGUUCAAGACAGGAAGCUGAUCUUCAAGAGGGGCGAGCAGUACGCUAAGGAAUAUGAAAACCAGGAGAAGGAGUUGAUCCGUCUCAGAAGGGAGGCUAAAUUGAUGGGUGGAUUCUACGUCGAGCCUGAGGCUAAGCUCCUAUUCAUCAUCCGUAUUAGAGGUAUCAAUGCUAUGCAUCCCAAGACUAGGUCUAUUCUGCAGCUUCUCCGAUUGAGACAGAUUUUCAAUGGAGUUUUCUUGAAGGUGAACAAGGCAACAUUGAACAUGUUGCACAGAGUCGAGCCUUUUGUUACCUUCGGAUACCCUAACUUGAAGAGUGUGAGGGAACUGAUCUACAAGAGGGGUUUUGGAAAGGUUAACAAGCAGAGAAUUGCUUUGACUGACAACUCCAUUGUUGAGCAGACCCUUGGGAAGCAUGGCAUCAUCUGUGUGGAGGAUCUUAUCCAUGAGGUCAUUACAGUUGGACCUCACUUCAAGGAGGCCAACAACUUCUUAUGGCCAUUCCAGCUCUCAGCUCCAUUGGGUGGACUGAAGAAGAAGAGGAACCACUUUGUUGAAGGUGGAGAUGCCGGUAACCGUGAGAACUUCAUUAAUGAGCUCAUCAGGAGAAUGAAUUAGGGUGUAGUGUAUUCUUCCCUUUUUUUGAUCUGGUGUUGUUUUAGGGUAAACAUAUCUUGAAUGUUUUUGAUAGAGAUUCAAAGAAUGAAUUUUAUGUUUUUGGAUUUUGUGUUUGCUUAUGGUUUAAAAGUUUUGAAGAGUUAUUUAAGGUACAUUUUAAAGAUUAGUAUCUGUUUCAAUCUCUCUUCAUAUGAGAAUGAUAAUUAUGCUUUUGAGCAGUUUAUGUAUCUCGGUAGUACAUAUUUGUGCUGAAAUUCUGAUCCAAAGCAUUUUGGCAUUCUA